AUGCGGACGAAUGGUGCCGUCUACCUCGAGACUGGACUGCGGAACCUUAACGACUGGGAUGCCUGGAUGCGCUGCUGGGGCACGUCGUUUGAGAUUGGGUUUCAACGGCACCUGGCAACGUCGCUCGAAGGAAGAGCGUGGCUGACAACGGUCCCCUCGGCGAUGGUCCGGACUUCGAUCCCGGAUGAAGUCGACUAUUGGCGACGUCAUGGCAUAUCCGCGUACCAACUCCAGUGGCAAAACUACAAGUCUCUGGGCAUGAUCGAUGCGGUGACGAUUGUGAGCGCGCUCGGUCUCUCGUACCCGCUGCUGCUCAGUCAGUCGGACGGCGCCUACCAUGGCCAGCAACAAACCAGCUACAAACUCUACUGGACCUUUGCCAGCGAUCUCUGGGCCAUCACACCAAAUUCCACACGCAUCAGCGAGCAGAGUCUCUUGCGCGCGAGCUCCGCGUUCGCCUUUGCCAACAUGACACGCGCCGAUUUGCUAUUGGACAAUACGACGCUGGUGUCGCCGUUGAACCCAGGGUUCGCGCUUCUGGAGGCGCACAUGGGUCCGUUUGGCGCCAUCGACAGCUACUACGUCCCUUGUCCGCCAAGCUUGCUGUGGCUGUACACGGUGGUGGCACAGCGCAUCACGCGUCUCGUCGCCGAAGACGCGGCGGCGGCGACAGCCUUCAGCGCUCUCGCCGCGCCGCCGUGGUAUGCGCCCGUGCCGCACUACCUCUUGCAAGCAGACAACGUUCAAUUUACCGGUGGCCAUGUCCUCUGUGGUACCGACACCAAGCCGUGGAUACCCGAGAACGGACUCUACCUUGGCUACAGCGUCACCAACAUGUGCAACGCCGUCUUUUCCGAUCGUCUCGAGCUCUCGCUCGUGCAAAAGCUCGUGGUCCUCGCCGCCAUGAACGCGUCGGUCUCCGAUGCGAUGAACGUGACGGCGAUCUGCGCUCUGGACACAGGGUAUGCCGCCAACUGCACCAAGCGUCACGCAGGGACGCUUGCUUUUCUCUCGACUGUCGGGGCGUCGGUCGUGGAUGCAUCACUGCCGCUGCUUGUGACCGAUGCGAUGCGGGCUGUCGACGCACUCAACGUGGUCGUCCUUCAGUUUCUUCUCGAGACGACCAAUAAUGCAACCUCGCUCGCGCAUAUUCCGCUCCUCAAUGCGUCGGACGCGGCGUGGACGUUCUAUGGCUGGUGCUAUCUCAUGGAAUGGGUCGUUGGACACCGCGACGUCGUCGCAUUUCGCGGCGACCGAGGCAACCUCACCGUGCUCUCGGCGGCGACUCGUCCGAUCGAAAUGCGACCCGACCCCAAUGGUAUUCCAAAGAGCUUUUCGUUUCUGUGUCUCGCGUGCGUGCAGUACGUCACCGUGACGCUGAUUGGCGUCAGCGUUCUCGUGGCACUCUCGACCCUCUACCACCGCGGUCACAUUGAGAGCUUCAAUUUGCUAUGUAUCAACCGCGUCGUUGGACUCGUUUGGGUCGGCCGCCCCAUCGUUCUCUUGCGGGCGCUUACAGCCAUUUGGCUCCUCAACACUUCGCCGUUGCCGCUUCACUAUCAAAAUCACGUGACGUUUGUGAAGGCGCCGCCACUGGAUUCGUUCAAGGCCCUCCUCGCGACGUCCGAGCUCACGUGGUUUGUCUACGUACUCAACGACAUUGGGAGCUCGGUCACGCGCCAGUACACCUACUCGUAUGGCUCGGCAAGCGCCAACUGCACGUGGGUGCUGGCCUCACUCUGGACGCUCUUCGCGCCGCAGCAGUAUGACGCGUCCAUCCAACGCCCUUGCGUGGCUUUCAACAUGGAUCUUGCGCUGUACUGCAACAGUGGAACGAUCGUCCUCGGGGGCCAGCGCCGCUGUCUCGCCUGCAUGGGGUUGGCACUCGUGUCCUGUGUGCUUUGUUAUCUCUACGCUCGCCGCACAUCGCCCAACUUGACACCGAUCUUUGCACCGCCGCUCUUGCUCAACGCCCAAGGCUACCACAUGCUCACGUUCAAGCACUGGGUGGCGCAGGGUGUCUACUAUAUCGACACGACGUCGGCCAUCAUGGCGGGUGUCUUGUCCUGGAAAGUCCACGGACAUAUCUACCUCCUCGAUAUCAAGACGUGGCGAUUUGUCUCGACGGCACUUAGAACCCCGCGUCCUCAAUCCCGCGCGGCCAAAGACGAACGCUUUGCGCAUGCGUUUCCGCUGCACCUCUAAGUCGUUGGCGCACGUGGCAUCGAUUUGAUUGGCGACGCGUGCAUGACACUGCUAUCAAGGCUUUUGUACGAUGCAGUCGCCGCAGAAAAAGAGCUUUGGACCGUGCUGACCGAGGCGAUCGACGAUUAUUUCUGUGCCCGUAGUAUGCGCCAAGCGUCCUGCAUGGAGCUUGCAGCCAGUACUUCGUACUCCGGUCUUGAUAAACGCGAAGAAACGUCAUAU